CACAUCUUCCCUCUCAACGCUACUUCAACAAACGUGCCGGCACUACUCUCGCUCUUUCCUCCGCAACAGCUAGCUCAACUCAAGCCUACUCUGACUACCAUCUUCGAAAACAUGAGGCUCUUCACCUGCGUCGCUCUUCUCAGUGCUGCUGCCAUCCCUGGCUUCUCAGCACCCGUGUCUACGGGCUCUGUCUCGCGCCGUGGUCUGCUGGAUCUGGACCUUGGCCUGUGCCUCGACCUCAGUCUGCUUGGGCUUGUCAACCUCGACAUCAACAAGAGUGGCUGCUCGUCAAAGGGAACUGAGCAGAAGCCGAUCAAGGUCGACAAGGAAAUCUGCGGGCAGAUCAGAAACAACAAUGUAAACCCCGAUGACAUUUACGUCCAUUGCGAGCAGCACUGGAGCACCAGGGAGGCCGAGCAUGACAAUAACAACGGAUAUUACAAGAGCGAGACGGGGCCUACUGGUUACGGAAAUGCUGGUUACAAGUCCGUCGCCCCUGAGCACGAAAAUACCGGGUACAAGACUGUCGCUCCUGAGCACGAGAAUGCCGGGUACAAGACCGUCACCCCCAAGCAUGAGAACACGGGAUACAAGGCUGUGGUCCCCGAGUAUCACAGCAAGAAUGGUGCUGACUGCGACACAGCCCCCAAGCACGAGAACGCCGGAUACAAGGCCGUAGCACCUGCAUAUGUUGCAAACCCCGCCUACUAAACACCUAUGUUUCCAGAAUUCUUGCAUACACUUUCCUGGUGAAAGCGGCGCGCCGAUCGCAGCGGCUGUGCUUCCAAACUCUGCUUAAAUUCUAAUUAUCCUGCUAGCCAAGGAUAUGUGGUUUUACAGCAGUGUCAACAAUGAGAUACUUUGGUGAAGUAACAAACCAAUCCCCACCCAAUUCUUGGCACAUGCGGAAAGCGGGCUUGGCACUUG